GUAACAUCCAAGGAUGCCAGCCAUUGCAGGAAUAGAAUCUAUCUAAUACCUUUAUUAAAGUGGGCUGGCUACAGUACAUGAACAGUGUUUCAAUAAAUGACAAAAAUCAAUCCAAUUCUGUACAGUUGGAGGAGGUGGGUUUUGGCUGGGUUUUGCCAAUUUCGAGUUUAUGGUCAUCUUCGUGUUCAGUUCACGCCACCAGAGGUGAAGUUUCAAAGUCCUGGUUGCUCGGUUUGAAAUAUUGUUGCCCGGUGUGGUUUUGCAGUGUGCGGAAUAUCGUCAGAAGGAGUUUUGUCAUCGUUUUCCUUGCUGCUGUGUUUUGCUGGUCAAACAAAUUGAUGAGAAUUCUCUCACUUGGUUUGAGGAGAGGGGAGGAAAGGAGGGCUCCCUCCAAUUUAGGGGAGAGGUUUCAAAAAUUUUUUCUCUCCUUCACCUAACUCCCCUCCCCUUGUUUGAAUGGGACAAGGGGAGGGGAGGGUCCCCCCAGCCAAACAAUGCAACGGAUCAUGAUUGUGAGGGUUCUGCUUCUGGGCAAGGAGACAAGUGGUGUCAUCCAUCGACGUCAUCUUCGGCUAAUGGGUUCCCUCUUAACAAAUUCAGAUUGCCAGCUAUUGACGUUUGGUCAUGAGGGCUGUGCUGCAACUAAUCGUGGGGUUAUGCUGGGUGAGGCUCCGGUGCUGAACGAUAAGGGUUUUCCAUGGCACUCACCACUCGGGGGAAUUACUAAUGUGGAAUGUCCUCGUACACGGUUUAUGCGGCCAUGUCAUUUGCUUGGCUGUGCUUACUAUUCCCUUGUCCUUUGCUUAUUAGACUUCUUUGGAGAACUUGGUGGAGCAACCCUAGAUUCACAUCACGGGUUUGUUGUUGAACAUGGUAAAGAAAGAGAUGUUGACUCAGUUUUUACUCCCUUCUUGAUGCAUUUCUUUUUACAUUUAUACUUAAAAAGAAAAUUGUUGUUGCUGAGCAUUGUGGCUGCAUUAGUCAUAUUAGCUACAAUCAAACUUAUUCUACGAAGAGCAUAGAAAUUGACCACAAUCAAAAUAAUGGGUCUGAAUUUCAGUUUCAA